AUGAAACACGUUAGUAUUUUAGUUCCGGUAGGAGAAUCAGUUCUUAGUUCUAUUGUAGGGGCUUACAAAGUUUUCAAUAAAGUUAAUGAAUACCUUGUGAUGAGUGGGAGGGAUGAAAAGGAUUGUUUUGACAUUGAUUUAGUAGGCUUAACAGAUGAGACCAAUUUAUAUCAAGGGCAUUUCAAUGUAAAACCAACCAAGAAUAUCAGUGAAGUAGAGAAAACAGAUUUGAUUAUCAUCACAACGAUCAUAGGUGAUAUGGAGAAAGAACUGAAGGAUAAUGCUGCAUUUGUACCUUGGAUGAAAAAGCAAAGAAUGGAAAACAAUGCGGAAAUUGCUAGUUUAUGCGCAGGUGCAUUCCUAUUAGCUGAGACAGGCUUGUUGAAUGGAAAAUCUUGUUCUACCCAUUGGGUGGUUGCAGAUGCUUUUAGAAAUAGGUAUCCUCAAAUAAAUUUACAAAGUGAGAAAGUUAUUUGUGAGGACAAUGGGAUUUAUUCCAGUGGAGGUGCUUAUUCUUUUUUAAACUUGCUAUUGCACCUAGUUGAAAAAUAUUCAGGUAGGGAAGUGGCUAUUUUUUGUUCUAAGCUAUUUGAGAUUGAAAUAGAUAGAGACAAUCAAAAUCAAUUUACAAUCUUUAAUGGUCAAAAAGACCACAUGGAUCAACCCAUAAAGAGUGCGCAAAGCUAUAUAGAAGAGCACUUUAAAGAGAAAAUUAAUGUAGAAGAGUUAGCAAUGAAAUUUGCACUUAGCAGAAGAAAUUUUGUCCGAAGAUUUAAAAAGGCAACUUCAAAUACACCGAUUGAAUAUAUUCAAAGAGUAAAGAUUGAAGCAGCUAAAAAGAGUUUGGAAUCUUCAGCUGACUCGAUCAACAAUGUAAUGUUUGAGGUGGGUUAUAACGACCAAAAGUCGUUCAGAAAUAUUUUUAGAAAGUAUACUGGAUUGACUCCUUUGGAUUACAGAAAAAAAUAUAACCGAGAAGCUGCACUUAUAUAA